AUGCCACCAUACGGCUCUACCAUGGCACGGCUAUACCAUGGCACGGCUAUACCAUGGCACGGCUAUACCAUGGCACGGCUAUACCAUGGCACGGCUAUACCAUGGCACGGCUCUACCAUGGCACGGAUAUACCAUGGCACGGCUAUACCAUGGCACGGCUAUACCAUGGCACGGCUAUACCAUGGCACGGCUAUACCAUGGCACGGCUAUACCAUGGCACGGCUCUACCAUGGCACGGAUAUACCAUGGCACGGCUAUACCAUGGCACGGCUAUACCAUGGCACGGCUAUACCAUGGCACGGCUCUACCAUGGCACGGAUAUACCAUGGCACGGAUAUACCAUGGCACGGCUAUACCAUGGCACGGCUCUACCAUGGCACGGCUCUACCAUGGCACGGCUAUACCAUGGCACGGCUCUACCAUGGCACGGCUCUACCAUGGCACGGCUCUACCAUGGCACGGCUAUACCAUGGCACGGCUAUACCAUGGCACGGCUAUACCAUGGCACGGCUUUACCAUGGCACGGAUAUACCAUGGCACGGAUAUACCAUGGCACGGCUAUACCAUGGCACGGAUAUACCAUGGCACGGAUAUACCAUGGCACGGCUCUACCAUGGCACGGCUCUACCAUGGCACGGCUAUACCAUGGCACGGCUAUACCAUGGCACGGCUAUACCAUGGCACGGCUAUACCAUGGCACGGAUAUACCAUGGCACGGAUAUACCAUGGCACGGCUAUACCAUGGCACGGAUAUACCAUGGCACGGAUAUACCAUGGCACGGCUCUACCAUGGCACGGCUCUACCAUGGCACGGCUAUACCAUGGCACGGUUAUACCAUGGCACGGCUAUACCAUGGCACGGCUAUACCAUGGCACUGCUAUACCAUGGCACUAUACUGCUAUACUAAUGACUAA